CGUUUAUUUUUUAAUUUGUGUUAUUUAGAUUUUAGAUUAAACAAAGAAUAAAUAAUCUGGAAUUAGGGCAAUUAAUAUUGCAUAUUUAUUAAGAUCAACAGCUUUUCUAAGAUCUAUAUAGUAUCGCGUCUUUUCAUCUGACGUAUGAGGUAUAAUUUUGACAUACCUAUCGGACUUUGAUUCAAGUGAAAUUGAUAGAUCUAUUAUAAGUGGGUAAAAUAGUACACAUCUUUUGACGAAAACUGUAUUAGCAAUAGCUAUGACAAGUUUCUAUUUUCGCGACAUUUGAACAAAUAAAUAUACUCAAUAUACCUGUAUAAUAAUUUAACAUAAUUAAUGUUAAAAUAUUUGAAUCGGAAUCCGCUAUGUCACUUAUAUUGCGACUGGCUGUCUAUAGUGAUCAGGUUCGAUUCGUUUACUCAGUUUCAAAACUUUAGGUAUACGUCGCAGUCAACUAUCUUAUUAAGCCAGUCAAUUAACAACUCAGCCAAGUUAAUAAACGGCGCCAUGCAACCAGUUACCUGAAUUUUAUCUAGCUGCAGCGUUUAUAGCAUAUAAAAUUUAAGUAACAGACUGAAGGUAAGGCUAUUCGUAUAAUAGGGUAUGUUAAUGAUAGUUAGGACAAGAAAAUAUGCCGUUUUCUGCUGUUAUCUAAUUAGGCUAGUUGACUGCGAGAGUAUAUUACAAUCGUAUUGACUAUAAAAAUGGAAGAAGUCAUAUUUUUAACGAGUUUUUAUUCUUACAGGUAUGGUCCGCGGAAUAAUGUUGGACCAUCGGCAUUUCCACCACUUGGAGCUAAACCUGUUCCUCUUAUGGGCUUGAAUAUCCAACCUCAGCCUGAAGGGCUCCCUGGUUUUCGAGGUCGCUUUGAUGGCCCUAUAUUUGACGACAUGCCUCCUGGUGUCGAUCCUCCAGUUCCAGGGUAUGAGCCUCCGCCAUUUGAAAAACCGCCCUUCGGUCCUCCAGGUUCAUUAGAUCGUGACAGAUUACCACCAUCUACGUAUAGGGAUCCUUAUCGUCCACCACCUUACGCUGAGGGAUAUAGGGAUUCUUCUUUGCCUUCUAUUCAAAAUGAUAUUCCCCUUCAUGGAGGAGACCAUCCCCCGCGUUACCGCGAUAACUUUAGGCCAGGAGCUCCCUAUCGUGACGCGAGCGGGCCUAUGCCUUAUAGAGAUGGCCAACCCUACCGUGAUCAAGUUUUGCCUGUUCCUCAUCGUGACGCUAAUUAUAGAAAUGGACCUCCAUUCCGCGAUAAUUCAUUUAGAAAUGCACCAUUCCGCGAUGGAAAUUAUCGCGAGAAUAUUCCUCACAAUUACCGUGAUGGUGGUUUACCAUUUCGACCACCUAGUGUUGAUCCCAGAGAACAAAUACCACCAUUUCAUGAUCCUAAUUAUCGUGAUGGAUUUAGGGAUGAUAAUAGCCGUGAGGGGAGGCCAGGUUUUCGGUCAAAUAAUCCUCGUAAUAGAGUGGGUUCCAAACGAAAUGCUAAUCAAGAUCAUGAAAGACCAAGAGAAAGAGAAGGUCGUGACAUGGCUGAAAGAUUUGACAGAGAUAGACAAUCUCGUGGAAUGGAAAAGGGCCGAGAUCCACGGGACGAGCGUGGUCGUGAAUAUGACAGGAAUAGGGAUUAUGAUAAGGAGAGAGGUCAUGAAAGAGGAACUCCAGAGAGAAAAGCUCGCUCAAGAGACAUUCGUGAUAAAAGACGUAGUGAGUCUAGGGGUCGCUCACGAGAUCGUGAUAAUAAAAAAGAAAAGAAAGAAGAGAGAGUAAGAGAUAAAUCCUCGACUGAAAGAAAUAAAGACCACAAAGAGAAAGAUAAAAAAGUGAAAGAUAGAAAAAAGAAGAAACGUGAAAAGGAAAAAGAGCUUGAAAAGAAGAAGAAGCGUGAUAAGAAAGAGAAAAAAGAUAGCAAGGAAAUGAAAAAAGAAGAGGAAGAUGGAGACAAGGAUAAACCGAUCGAAGAAGCACCUAUUACGAAUGAGGCAGAUAUUGAAACCAAGGAAGAAAAACAAACAGAAUCCGACCAGAUACAUAAAAAAGAAGAUGUUACAACAACUGAUACCAUGAAAAAUGCAAUGAUUGAUUUGUAUGGAGAUGAAGCUGCUGAAGCAGUUGAUAAAGAAAUAAUCCAAAAUUAUAUAAAAAGUGAAAAUGUGGAGGAUAGUCAAAAUCCAAAGGAAACUGAGGCUAGCAAUAAAGAUGAGCCUUUUGAUGGUAUUGAAUUGCAGCCUGCAGCUGAUGAGUUAGGUGCUGAUUUAGAAAUUUCUUUAAAUACCUCUAAGGAAGUAUUAGCACCCUUACCAGAAUUGUCAAAGUGGGAAGUAGACGAAGAUAAUCAAGAAAAAUCUAAAGAACCUGGUGAAAUAACGUCUCCUGAAGAUAAUGGAGAGUCUAGAAAAGUGACAUCUGAUGUCAUUAAACGCGCAGAAAAAGCAAUAUUUGCUAAAGCAGUUAACUCAUUAAGACCAAUUGAAAUAAAGAAAAUUAGUAGUGAUCGUUUAAAAUUAUAUGGAGAUGAAACUCAAAAUAAAUUAAAUAAUAUACAAAUUACGGUUCCAGUAACAGAUGUGGAUCAGAGAUCCUUAGAAACUCUUGACAAAAAGGGGAGAUACUCUAAAACCCCACCACCUCGAUUAUCUGUUAAAGAUAGAUUAGGUGGAAAAGUGGAAGAUGUGCGUCGCGUUAGAGAGCCACGUGUUGUACACAGUACUGUGGAACGUGUUAAGUCACGCUCAAAAACACCUAAAAGAGAACAAGUUCCAUAUCGAAGAGUAACUGUAGAAAAAGACAGGGGAAGAAAGGCUGAUAAUAGAAUAGAUAUCCCGAAAGAUCGUCACCCUAACAUCGAAAGGCGAGUUAGAGCUGAAGUUGUUAAAAUAGACGCACACUACAGACAAGACAUUAAGAGAAAAGAAAAAUCUUCAAAAGAAGACAAAAAUAUGGAAGACAAAAUUACUGGUCACAAAAUGAAGGACAGUACAGAACCUAAACCAAUAAACGAAAAAGAACGUAAAAAAUCCACAUUGGAUGAAGCACACUUUGAACCAGAUUAUGAUGAAACUGUUGAAUCUGAUCACGAUGUCAAAGAUGAUCUUGGUAAAAAACGGGAACAUUCAAAAUCCCCGGGUCCUAUAGAUUCCAAAAAACCAAAGUUUGAGAAUGAGACGAUCAAACUAGAUUUGACAAAUGUUAAAAAGAAACCUGAUUCGGAAAGCGAGUCAUCGGCGAGCGGUUCGGAUGACUCAUCUUCAUCGUCAUCGUCUGACGCUCGUAAGCGUAAAAAGAAAAAGAAACGAGCCAAGAAGAAAAAGAAACGUGCUGCCAGUGAUAGUGAUAGUGACUCGGGCUCGAGUUCAGACGAUCACAAGAAAAAGAAGAAAAAACGUAAACAUAAGAAAAAAUCAAGUAAAAAGAAGAAGAAAUCUAAAUAUAAGUAAUAUUCUUGUCAUUAAGUAUUUUACUUUUCUUUAACUAAAGUCAUCAAUUUUAAGGGAAUCGCGACUGCUUCUAAUGGUCAAUAAGACACGUCUUGUUUGGGUUAAACUAAGGAAAAUAAACUAAACGUUUUACAUUACAUAUGUAGUCAUGUAUUUAACUAGUGAAAUACAUUUUAUGAGUAAAAUAAAA